AUGCCUGCUGAUAAGAUUGAGGUCGUGGCCAUCAACGAUGCGCAGGAAGAACCGCAACAGACGGUCGUUCCGCACGAGAGACAGGUCGUCGAGGCCGUCAUCGCUCUCUGGAAGGAAGAUGCGUCCACCGAGUCGCUUGGAUUCGGCAAGCUUCACGGGUUGGUCAAGAAGAAACACCCCAAUUGGCAGCUCUCGGAAAAACGGGUCAAAGUGCUUCUAAAACAGUACGGGUUGGCCCAAUCGGGCGAUCAGUCCGCCUUCUCGUACGCCAAAGACAUCACAUCGCUUCCAACGCCGCAUGUGACGCUUCCCAAGACGGUGCUGAUCGUCAUGACCUCCAAGAGAGGCAAGUGUUUGUAUGCCAAGACGGCCAUCAAGAAGGGUGACUUGAUCUGGGAAGAGAAGCCGCUAUUUGCCGUUCCUCUGUUGGCACAUUACUCAUUGAUUGCCAGCGGGAAGGCAUGCACGCAUUGUGGAAAGCUCGGUAGUGUGUCGAGCGCGGGCGAGACCGUUCUCCGAGGCUUGGACUGUAACAUCUGUUCUGAGAUCUGGUGCUCUCUGACGUGCAAGAAGAUGGACCAAACGAUCCACAGUGCUUUGAAACAUGGCCUGCGUGCCACCGCCAAGCAGAUUGACGCGGAGGCCUUCCAUUCGUUGACCGAGUACUGUCUCAAAGAGCAAUGGAAUGCUUUGUAUGCUAUUGCCAUGAUCUAUGCCUUCAUAGUUCUUGACAAAACCGGCGUGAAAGGAGAACAGUUCAAGGCCAUGGCCCGUGUGUCUCAAAAGAUCCGUUACAAGGCCCUCAACUCUUCCGCUGGUGCAUUUGACUCCCUUCAAGGCGGGGCCCUCUUUGUUGAAGAGCAACAGGAAGAGUUGUGGAAGGACGGAUACCUGCGUUUUUUGAGGGCAUUCCCUAAAGCAGCAGAACUGGUCAGUAUGGACGAGUUCUUGCACAUGAUGGGCACAUACAACAUCAACAACCUUGAUCUGAGUGUGUUUCUUCUUCAGUCGCAUCUCAACCACAACUGUGCUCCGAACUGUGAGGUUGAGACUGCAUUGCAGAAGUACAAAGGUGUCAAGGUCGUUGCUGCGAGAGACAUCAAGAGUGGUGAAGAGCUCACCACCACGUACGUCAACCCAUCGCAUACCUUGCAGCAGCGCCAACGAGAGUUAAGGGUAAACUGGGGAUUCAUUUGUAAAUGUCAGAAAUGUAAGGACGAUGAACAAAUACAGCACCGCCGAAAGUCGAGCACUGGCGCUCAUCAAAAGGAAAAGGCUGAGAUCAGACACAUGCUUGCCAACUCAACCGAGGCUACUGACGGUGAGUUUGAGAUUCCUUUGGACUUCAAUGGCGAGCGCCGUAAGUCUGUUCGUUUUGAUGAGAAGGUGGUGAAGGUCACUCAGACUUGA